GGUUGCGCUGUUUCUCAAGAUCAAGCAAGAUAACAUUUAACUUUACCUCCACCAUUUCCGCCUUCCUCCUACGAAUUAAAGCCGCCCAAGUGCUACACGAGCAUACACAACUUGCCCAACGACAUACCCCAUUCCAUUAAAUCUCAUUCACAACCACAAUCACAUUCACGUUUCAACAUGGCUGCUCGAGGUCCACCAGGUUCCCGUGCUGGAAACUCACGAUUUGCGCAGUUUAAAUUGGUGUUACUUGGGGAGUCUGCCGUUGGAAAGAGUUCAUUGGUUUUACGAUUUGUCAAGGAUCAAUUCGAUGAUUACCGCGAGAGUACUAUUGGCGCUGCAUUUUUAACUCAAACCAUCUCCCUCGACGAAAACACCACAGUCAAAUUCGAGAUAUGGGAUACCGCAGGACAGGAGAGAUACAAGUCGCUAGCGCCCAUGUAUUAUCGAAAUGCCAACUGUGCUGUUGUUGUUUAUGAUAUCACACAAGCUGCCUCAUUGGAUAAAGCCAAAUCUUGGGUGAAAGAACUUCAACGACAAGCAAACGAAAACAUCAUCAUUGCCUUGGCCGGAAACAAGCUCGAUUUAGUUACGGAGCAACCGGAUAAACGUGCUAUUACUACUGAAGACGCUUCGAAUUAUGCCAAAGAAGCCGGUUUACUAUUUUUCGAAACUUCCGCUAAGACAUCUGAGAACGUAAGGGAAUUGUUCACGGCAAUUGCAAAGAAAUUACCAUUGGAUCAAGCCGGCCCAAGAAAUCCAAGAGCUGGUGGUCCAAGGGGAACGGGUGUUGAUCUUAGGCCCGAAGCGCCAGGAACACAAGCAGGCCCAGGAUGUGCUUGUUAAAGAAACUCUGUGAUGAAUAUGUGGUGGAGCAUGGGACAUAUUGGGUGGAAUGAACCUUUGAUACCAAGAAUGAGCUAUUGUCGGGACUUUCCACAAAUAGUGUUCCUUUUCGAACAAGAUUGCUUGGUUGAGGGCAGCAUACAUGUGGCCACUUCAACAUUUACGAAAGCAAUCGUUUUUUAAUACCUUGAUGUCUCUAAAUUCUCGUAGGAAGGGGUUUGAUGUGCAGCAGAUUUCUGCUUGCCAGGCGUGAGGGUUUUCCUUGUUUUUUUCCUUUUGAUGAACUAGUUCUUCGGCAUUUGGGAUGUACGAUAUGCAAUAGAACCAUGCAUUUAAAACAAUAUUUUUUUCAUUGCACAAGAAUAUGUGCUUAAAGAUUGAUCACCCAUAGGAACUGUUUCAAUACUCAUAAAUCA